UAUCAAAACCCUGUUAGUUCAAACAGUGUAUGAAAGACGGCUCUGGAAGACAAAUAUAACCUUGCUGAUGGCAGAGAAUGUACAACAAACCAGAUGACCACACAUACAUUUGCAUUAAGUAUAAUAAAUGUAUGAUCAAAAUGAAUAAAAAUAAAAUACAGUAAAUGUCACUGUGACAUCGACUCUGCUGUUAAUCAUUCAGGCAGUUGUGUUACAUUAGAGCAGAUAAGUUAUUGAUCCCCAUCUUGCACUGCAGAAAGGCCAGCAGCCUCCAGGGACAGUACUGCAUAUAUGAGCUCUUUGUCCUUCCUCUGUCCUCACAUCCUUUCUCUUCCUCCUCCUCAUCUUCUUUCAUCCCCCCUUACCUCCUCUGAUCUACUCCUGUUAUUUCAUUUCCCCCUUUAAUUCAUUCACUCUAUCCCACUGGAUUCCCCCUCCCCCUCCUCUCUUUUUCUGUGCAUCUCUCUGUAUCACCUCUCUCUGUCCAUAUGUUAAGCUUGCCUCUUUCCGUGUCCUCAUUGUGGUUUCUGUCGUGCAGUAAAAGCCAUGGGGAAUGAGUGCCGCUCGCAUGAUGCAAGAGUUUAAAUACUUCAGGGAUGGAGCGACGUUGGUAAUUUCAUUGGAUGGUUUGAAUUGGCUUUCUAAAAGGAGAUGGACUGACAAAGGAGUCAAGAAAAGGGAUGAAGAGCUCCAGUUGUUGAUGACCUCUGGUCAGAUGGUCCAGGAUGUUGAGGAGCUGCAGCCGAUCACUUGCUUCUGUAUUUUUGAUCAAAGAGGAAGCACUGCCCCUCAGUUAUGGAGAAGCAGCGAACGCAGAUCAAGCCCAAUAACAUGGCUGCCAUUCUUCUCAAUUCCCGCUCGGCAUCGGUGUCUUCCGGAGGCAAUGCAUCAUUCAACGCUCACGUCUUUAGCUUCUUUUGCCUCCCAGAACCAAAAGGAGGCCUCAUGGACAAGACUUAUUUUGAACAUGCAGGACAUUUUCAGUUUUAUCAAAAAGGAUUUAAAGAUUGUGACCCAGCAGGACACUCUUACAAGAGAUCGACAUAAUAGUUUUAUCAUUUUCUGUAAUGAGGACUUACCACUACAACUUUUUGGUAACACUUACACCUGUAGGACGUCUAUAGAGGAUACUGGCUGGCAUAUCAGUGAUAACGGCGUGUUAAGUGAUUUGAAAAACUCCACUGCCCACUGGUCCCACGGUCCAAACACCAACAGCUCUGAGGGGAUUCAACAUGAACUGGUUAGGAGCGACAAUUUUAACACACACAACCCUAAAAGUCUUCUGAAAUCCUCUCAAAUCUACAAUACUCCAGGACUUUUAUCCAGGUGUGGCAAGACUGUAAAAAAGAGAAAGAGUGUGUCCUUCAACAAUGAUGUCAUAGUCUACCUGUUCAACCAGGAGAGUCCCACCUCGGAGCUGCAAUCUGGGCCCUGCACAUCUCAGCCGAGCAGCUAUUCCUGCAACCUGCCAGAUGUCACAUUAGAAGACAGUGGCUUGGAGUGGGAAGACGACUUCUCAGCUUUGGAGAAGAGCUGCAAUUUUCAGUGUGUCAAACACUCGGUAUCUAAGCACUACACCCUUUCCCUGCCAACACAAAGCUGCGCUGCUCUGUCCAGGCGUUUCUUUCUGUCUCAAACAUGCCUGUUCCUCACUCAUGUCACUGAGUCAGACCUUGAGCUGUGAGAUAAAGGGUUAGUGAGUUGUAGGUGCUGAUUUUUAUGACACAGUGGUGGCAACCUUUCUAUCACAUCUGUCUGCCUUCAGCCAAAGGCCAUCUCACUGUCACCAUGGCCCAAAGUGACAUCCACACUUGUUUUUCUUUCAGACAGCCAGCCUUGGCUUAAUGGAAAAACUGACUAAUCGUCCAGAUCUCAUCCUCCUCACCUCUAACUCGUCUCCCUCCUCUUUUAUGAUGAGUCAGGGAUUUUAAUGGCUGUUUUUUCCUCUCUCUCUGUUCCAAAUGGAUUAAAAGCACCUGUCGUUCAUGACAUCACAGCCACGCAGGACUGUGUGACAGUGCAUUCAGCCUUCACAGUUGUUGGUAUUGCCAGUCGCUGGCUAUGAUGUGAUAAAACAUCCAGUUGCGUAAGAGAGCUUGGUCCCUUUCCAGCUGCAAACCUCUCUGGAAGCAGCUUUUCAUGCCAGGUUGUGUCCUUGGACCUAAACUGUGAAAUGGACACAUGUUACAAAUUACAUGAACUGAAUAAAUUGUCAUGGUGUCUGAAAUCCCAUUGUAUCUUUAAAGUGUUGUAUUCAGCAGGUUAGCAGUAUAUAUUGUUUAUACAGUUUGUUUUGCUCAAACAGAGCAUUUGUGGAAGCCUUGUUUGUUUGUCUCAUUACUGAAGUGUAUUCAGCUCUGAAUUUAUCAGCGGCUGUGACUAAAUAAACAAUGUAAGCCUUAGAGCCAAUGGAGGCAGAAACUGAACAAACUAAAAGUAACAGAUAAUGUUUCCACAGAGCCAGCAUCAGCGAGGUUUGGUUGAUUAGAUACAGUGUACCUGAAGAGGAAAGGAAACCUGGCAGGACCAGUUUUAGUGUUCACACACACACACACACACACACACACACACACACACACACACACACACACACCGCACAGACAUUUGGGCUGUUCAAGGACACCUAAAGCUCACAGUGUGUUUACCACUAAAAGCUGGAAGCUUCACACCUGUAAAUUAUUGUUACAAAUUUGUGAUGCUGGUUGUUGCUAAUAGCCAAAUUAUAUUGACUUAAUUUGACUUCAUUCAUAAAAUUAGGACUCUCUAAGUCCUAAUUUUAACUAUAGACUACCAUAAAGUUUGUUUUUUAUUACUGCCUCAGUAUUUCUGAUGUCUCUUUUGAUUUUAAAAAGCUAUUUACCUUUUCCUUCCUAAGCUAACGUGAUGCUGCACAGUUGUAGCAUUCAUAAGAAAACAUAACAGCAAAAUACUACCAUAACAUUAGACUAUAAUAGUAUUUUGGCAAAAAGAAGACACAAAAAUAUUCACUCGAACAUUUUCUCUCAUUAAUUUACACUGGUACACUGUCACUACUUCUUGCUAGCUGCUAGCUUGUUAGCAUGGCUCCAAGCUUAAAUGGUUUUGACGACAAAGUUUUAAAUUAACUUAAGAGGACAUUUUAAGAAGAUGUUUUUGUUUCGUUACAAGCUUCAGAAAUGUAUAAAUCAUUGUAAAAGUGAAGUAAACACGCACAAGAGGAACAUUAGCUCUAUAGACCUUUUUCACAGCAGCCAUGAAAAAGAGUCAACACAAGUGUUUCCAGUGAUACUAAUUAAGGUUCAUGUCAAAAGCUGUGAAAGCAAUCUAUUUUAGAAAUAUGUUUAAGGUCAUUGUUCAUUUUGAAGACUCAGUUGCAACCAAGUGUUAACUUUCUGCCUAAAGUCUUAUGAUGUGGCUUCAACAGAUCUACAUAAUCUUCCCUCCUCAUGAAAAAUGAUGCUGUUCACAUUCACACUAUUUCAUGUUAAAAUGACUGCUGUGAAAAAGGUCUGUUGCGUUUAGUCUUACAUUAGCAUAAAAACUUUGUUUAUAAUAUCUAAAUUAAUUUAAGAAGGAACGUGUUUGCUGUUAGCUUAUCUUUGAUUACAGAUAACGAAGUCCUAUUAUAAACAAAUAAUAAAAAAAAAAGAUAGAGCAGAACUCUGAGCAUAUUUUACAACUACUUUUACUUGAAUGUUAAAACAGUUAAAGCUAGGGGGUUUCAGGACUUUGUUUUUGAUGUCAUGUUAUUAGGAAGCAAAGUGAAUAUUCAUACAUUUGGAUUUUCAACAAAAAAUUUGUAGAUAGUUUUUCAUAGCUUAAGAACAAAGAUAUCUAUUACAGGUCUGGAAACGACCUAGAAAGUUCCCGAAAAAGGUUCAAGAGACCGUGGAGUAUUUCUGAUUACACUAUAAAACAUGCUGUGAAACAUGACUUAACUUUAAUGAAUGGUCAGUUGGUAUCUCACUGCCAUGACACGAUCCUAUCUCUGAAAGGGCAAUAAUCCCAACUGCCAGCCAAUGUGUGUUUGGGCCCUCAGGUUAAACAGACAAGGUGAAACACUGCAGGUCACACAUACAAGCGGGGAAGGGGUGUGUUGAUGAUUAUUCAGAAAUGUUUUUUUCUUCUGUCCAUGCUUGUUUGUUCAGUUUACAGUAGUUUGACGGCAUCUGUCAUCGGUCUAUAUGACUGUCAAACAACAGUUCAGUGUAUAAUGUUUUAAACCGUUAAUCUAGUUUAAAAAAAAAAGAAGUAAACAAUGUGAAGGAGUUUAAAAGAGACCUGACCCUGCUUCUGUACAUUCAGGUGUAGCCUGGAGGACUGUAUUCAAAUGAAGCAGUGGAGGGUGAUAAGCCACAAUGGAAAUUAUGUUAACUGCUUGGAGUUAAAGGAGUGGACGAGGAGCCAAAUCAAAGUCUCCCUGGGUCAGUUAACUGGCUCAUUUGACUUACAAUAGGAAAGGUUCACUGAGGAACAGCAAAGAAUAAAAUACUAUAUGGUACUGUGGAAAUGUACUAGUGUUGUGGUAGAGUGGUUCAAUGACAUGUUUUCACAUAUUACAAAUGGGGCCAAUAUCGCUUUUAAAGUAUAAGGUAGAGCCAAGUUAUACGAUAUUUGCAGUAUAUUGACCAUCUUUUCCAUUUUCCACACAUACAUUAAUGUUAGUUAUUGUGCCGUUUAUUGGAGACUGUAACAUCAUGAUGUAAAACCAUUAUUGGUGCUAAUAUGAUGCUAUGAUGUUUCUACUUGAGCAAUAAGAACAUUUGAAAGGAAAACACUGAAUCAUUGCAUUUGUUUAAAUAUUUACUGCUGAUUAU